UCAAGGUGACACUGACAGUAACAAUUUGUGGCAAAUGGUUGUCAUUUUUAAAAUCGUGAUAUUUCCCAUCUUUACCACUUUGAUUUGAUAAGUUCAUAACUUAAUAAUGGAAGAUAACAACGACAUAGAAGUGCUAGAAAAUAAACAUCGAAAAGAGAAGAAAGAAUUACAAGCGCAUAUUCAAGCACUAAAAAAAGUUGCAAAAAAUGAUAAAACGAAGAAAAAAGAGCUUACCGCAGAAAUUGCAAGGUUAGAAUUAGAACUUGAUAAUCGACAAAAGAAAGAAAUGGAAGCUGUUUCGAAAGAAAAUUCAAUCGAUAACGAAUUGGUACAACUAGAUGAAAAUGAAGACAUAAAGAUUAAGUUAUCGAAAGCACAAAAAAGAAGAGUGAAAAAGGAGCAACAAGAAAGAGAACGCGAGCUAGAAAUAAAGUUACAGGAAAAAGAAAACAUCAAUGGGCCGAGGAAUUUAGAAAACCAGGCAAUUUGUAAUAGAUUAAAAGAGAUUAAUUUGCAGGUAUAUUCUAUUCCUUCUGACGGGGAUUGUUUAUACAAAGCUGUUUCACACCAGCUAUUUGUUAAAAGGAAACAAUCAAUAUCAGUAGAAGAAUUACGAAAACAAACCUCUAAUUACAUAAGAGAAAACAAAGAAGAUUUUAUGCCAUUCCUGAACAACCCAGAAACUUGUGAUUUGUUGACAGACAGUGAGUUUGAGGAAUAUUGUGAUAAAAUAAUAAAUAGUAAGGUAUGGGGUGGGCAAAUAGAAAUUAGGGCAUUAUCAAAUUAUUUGAAAUGUCCAAUAAGCAUAAUACAAGCCACAGGCCCCGCUUCUAUACAGCAAGGUGAAGAAUUUGAUGGACCUUCAUUAGUUAUCACUUACCACAGACAUAUGUAUAGAUUAGGUGCACAUUACAAUUCUACAUUAGUCAUUGAAGAUGAACAUGUAGAGCACUAAUUUAUUUCUAAGAUUCUACAUUGUAAAAAUAUGUCUGUAUAUAUAAUUUUAGUUCUGUACUGUAAAAGUAUAUCACAAGUGUAACAUGUAAUAAGAAUGCUGUAAUCACAGUUUAAAUGUUUCUACAAAAAACAUAAUUUUCUUUAAGCUAUAGUAAUCAAUUUACAUUAUUAAA